UUUAAUUCCCACAAACACAAGCAUGACACUAAAAGCCACAAUGUCAAAGAAAAUGAAAAUCAUCCCUUCCAUUUUCAAGAGCAACCAACCAUGGCAAUGGCCCUCCCCAUGCCACCACCCCAAAACCCUCUCCUUCCGCCUCCCUGACGACGCCUCCCCGCCCUCGGCCGCCAGGCUGUCGGAGCGGCUGUUCUUCGAGCCAGAGGAGACGAGCUCCAUCGUGAGACGACGACUUCAGGCUUCGUCCCCGUUCAAGGACAGCGUGGCGAUGGCGCUGGAGUCGGACGACCCGUACAUCGAUUUUAAGAGGUCGAUGGAGGAGAUGGUGGAGAGCCGGGGAUUGUUCGAUGAUUGGGAUUGUUUGGAGGAGCUGUUGUCGUGGUAUUUGAGGAUGAAUCGGAAGAUGAAUCAUGGAUUUAUUGUUGGUGCGUUUGUGGAUUUGUUAGUGGCUUUUGCAGCAAAGACGAAGACGCAGACGUGUGAUACAGUACUGUCAGGUGAGACAAGUACUGUGUACUCAUCUGCGUCUUCGUCUUUCUCUUCUCUCUCUUGUGUGGUCGAUUGAUCGAUGCCUUUUUUGUACAGUGUAUUUUGAAUGAAUAUGAAACUCUUUUUCUUUCA